AAGGAACGGAAGCCGGGCGGAAACUAGGGCGGAAGGGAACCUGAGCUGGGUUGGGGCUGUGUUUGGAGCCUUGGCGGGGCUAGGGUUCCAAUGUGGUCCCCGGAGCGGGAGGCUGAAGCCCCGACCGGGGGAGACCCGGCGGGCUUACUGCCCCCGGAAUGGGAAGAGGAUGAGGAGCGCAUGUCCUUCUUGUUCUCUGCCUUCAAAAGGAGUCGCGAGGUGAACAGCACCGAUUGGGACAGCAAGAUGGGCUUCUGGGCGCCGUUGGUGCUGAGCCACAGCCGCCGCCAGGGGGUGGUGCGUCUGCGUCUGCGAGACUUACAGGAGGCCUUUCAGCGCAAGGGCAGCGUCCCGCUGGGGCUGGCUACGGUGCUGCAGGACCUGCUGCGUCGAGGGGAGCUACAGCGUGAGUCAGACUUCAUGGCCAGUGUAGACAGCAGUUGGAUCUCCUGGGGAGUUGGAGUCUUCCUGCUGAAGCCCCUCAAGUGGACUCUUUCUAAUAUGCUGGGGGAUAAUAAGGUUCCUGCCGAGGAGGUACUUGUGGCUUUGGAGCUGCUUAAGGAAAAGGCUGAGGAGGUGUACCGUCUGUAUCAGAACUCCCCUCUCUCCUCCCACCCAGUGGUGGCCCUGUCGGAGCUAAGCACCCUCUGUGCUAGCUCCUGUCCAGAUGAGAGGACCUUCUACUUGGUGUUGCUGCAGCUACAGAAAGAGAAGAGAGUCACAGUCCUCGAGCAGAAUGGAGAAAAGAUUGUGAAGUUUGCCCGAGGACCACAUGCCAAGGUCUCCCCUGUCAACGACGUAGAUGUCGGGGUAUACCAGCUGAUGCAGAGUGAACAGCUCCUCUCUCGCAAGGUGGAAUCCUUGUCCCAAGAAGCAGAGAGGUGUAAAGAAGAAGCCCGCCGGGCUUGCCGAGCGGGAAAGAAACAACUGGCACUGAGGUCUCUCAAGGCCAAGCAGCGGACAGAAAAGCGCAUCGAGGCCCUGCAUGCCAAGCUGGACACCGUUCAAGGCAUCCUAGACCGGAUCUAUGCCUCCCAGACAGACCAGAUGGUUUUUAAUGCCUACCAGGCAGGGGUCGGAGCACUAAAACUCUCCAUGAAGGAUGUCACAGUAGAGAAAGCAGAGAGCCUUGUGGAUCAGAUCCAGGAGCUAUGUGACACCCAGGAUGAAGUUUCUCAGACUCUGGCCGGUGGGGUAACCAAUGGUUUAGAUUUUGACAGUGAGGAACUGGAGAAAGAACUGGACAUCCUCCUUCAGGACACCACCAAAGAACCUAUGGAUCUGCCCGAUAACCCCCCUGAGAUGUUUUAUACCAACAGUGUGCCUAGCCCUAGGAUCUCAGAUGCUGAACUUGAAGCUGAACUUGAGAAACUAUCCUUAUCAGAGGGAGGUUUGGUCCCAAGCAGUAAAUCUCCAAAAAGGCAUAUGGAACCGACUCUCUAAAGCCAUUGUAG